ACAACUGUUUGGUCGUACCACUACGCUACAUUUAUUAGUAAAAACUGGGAUGACGUGCUUCCCUGUGAUCUCUUUUCAGUUGGGGUAUAUGUAUUGCUAUUGUCAUAGGUAUUUUGUGAUAGUUUUUGUAGUUAGACUUGCAGAGUUCAGGUGCCUGCAGUGGAUGUUUUUACUUCCUAAUGCGGUUUAAAGAUGCAUUUUGAUAGCUUACCUUCAGAAAAAGGAGGUCAAAAUGUGAAACCACGAGUGCAGACAAUCCCCCAGCCCUUAAAUGAACAAGAGACAGACACAAGCGUGGUACACAACUUACAAGAGACUGGCAGCAGUUAUCGCCAUUCAUCUGAGCUCACACACUCCGUGCUGGAGCGCUGACGGAGCUUACUGUAUUAGAACAGAAUGAGAGACGAGUGAGUCAAAGGGGAUUUCCAGAAGCCGGGAGGAAGUGCUAUAACUUACGUACAGGGGGACUUUCCAACCUGUGCAGAAAAAAAAGCACAGCUAGCCCAGUGAAGAAACAUGGGGGAAAUUUCGGACUUUGGCAAUAACCUGCCCUGUAAGAAAACAAUCCAUCGGUGGUACUACUGAGUAAAAGCCGCUUUUAAUCAACAUUUUGCCACGGCUCAAAGCCUAGCUGUACGGGAUCUGCCGACGCCUAUUUGGCGGCUGUGGUAUUUCUAAGAGGACAGUCGUAUCCCAUCGAUACAGUACCGCAGCCAAGAAAGGCAGAUUCUGAUAGCCUUCUGUCCUUACCACUUGAACACCUGACCAGAACUCAGCACCAUGGAUCCCAGCAGAAGGGUUGAAGCCCCAGUAUCAUUUCAGGCUCUGCAACAAAGACACAAUCCUGACUGUAACAUUUCUCCCAUGGUUAUACCAGUGCUGGAAGGUUAUACAGAACACUUUGUGAAACCUUUGGAGGACAAAUACAAGUGUGAAAAGUGUCAUCUUGCUUUAUGCAACCCAAAACAGACAGAGUGUGGUCACAGAUUUUGUGAAACUUGUAUGCAAACAUUAUUAAGCUCUCCUAACCCACUUUGUACAGCAUGUAAAGAUGUCAUCCACAUGGGCAAGGUAUUUAAUGAUAACUGCUGCAAAAGAGAAAUUCUAGGUCUUAUGAUCUAUUGUCGAAAUGAAACAAAAGGUUGCAAAGAGCAGAUGACUUUACGAAAUCAAUAUGAGCAUUUGAAAUCUGACUGCCAGUAUGAAGAGCUGCCAUGUCCCCGAGUAGAGUGUAAAGAAAAAGUUCUUCGGAAAGAUCUGUCAGACCAUAUGGAAAAAAUGUGUAAAUAUCGAGAUGCUAAAUGUAAAUAUUGUAAGGGUAUUGUCCCUAUGGCAGAAAUUAAGAAACAUGAAGAGAUAGAUUGCACAUCUGUAUUGGUCACGUGCCCAUUUCAAUGUAGCAUUAAAACCAUCCUUAGAGGCGAGUUAAAUGCACAUAUAUUAGAGUGCAGUAAUGCUCCCUCUGCCUGUAGCUUUCAAAGAUAUGGCUGUUCCUUUAAGGGGAAUAAACAUCAGAUUAUGCUUCAUGAAAGCAAUUCAGCUGCUCUGCAUCUGAACAUCAUGAAAAACAUGCACGAUGCUCUGGAGGCUAAGAUAAUGGCACUUGAAAAUGAAGUACGUGAGAAGAAUCGGACAGAACAGGUUUUGCAGCGUCAGAUUCAUAGCCUUGAGAAAGAUAUUGGGAGAUGUCAUGAGCAGCUUCUUAACAUGGAAACCAGGGUCCUUCAGGCUCAGAAGCUGAUUGCAGAACUCACAGCAGGGAAAUUAAAGGAGGUGGAAAAAACAUCACAAGAACUGCAGCAAUACAGAGAAGAAGUCGACACUCUGAAGACAACCAUAGAUUCCCUUGCCACAAAGCUGACAGAGAUAGAAAGCAUGCAUACGAAUGCAGGAUCUGGCAGUAAGUCUGCUACUGCUCUGGAAACUGAGUUAAAAAGACAUGAUCAGAUGCUGAGUGUCCAUGAUAUUCGACUAGCUGAUAUGGAUUUGCGAUUCCAAGUUUUAGAGACUGCAAGUUAUAAUGGGACAUUAAUAUGGAAAAUUAGAGACUAUAAGCGACGAAAACAAGAGGCUGUAUCAGGGAAAACUCUAUCUUUAUACAGCCAACCAUUUUACACAAGUUACUUUGGUUAUAAAAUGUGUGCAAGAGUCUACUUGAAUGGGGAUGGCAUGGGUAGAGGAACUCACCUUUCUUUGUUUUUUGUAGUAAUGCGUGGAGAAUAUGAUGCCUUAUUACCUUGGCCCUUUAAACAGAAAGUGACGCUAAUGUUAAUGGACCAAGGAUCAACUCGACGUCACUUGGGUGAUGCUUUCAAGCCAGACCCAAAUAGUAGCAGCUUCAAGCGUCCUAGUGGAGAAAUGAACAUUGCUUCCGGCUGUCCGCUUUUUGUAGCACAAACUCAAUUGGAAGGUGGACCAGGGACUUAUAUCAAAGACGAUACAAUUUUUAUUAAAGUGACAGUAGAUACUUCUGAUAUGCCAGAUCCAUGAAGUGGUAUAUGUACAACUGUAAUGAAGUCCGAAUCACUCAGAAUACAGCUGCAGCAGAAUCUGCCUUCCUUUAUUGGAACAGCGCAGUACACUAAGGAGUCAGAGGACAAAAUGCAAUCCCGCCAGCUGAAGAACAUGAAGUACAAGGAAUAUCUUUGAGUUGAAACCAAGCAUAUUUGAAUAGUUUCUCAAAGGCUAUGUUGGAAUUGCAGGUUUUCAGGAUUUUAAUCUGAAAAAAGUAAGCAUUGUUGGAACUCAAAGUUCAGUGUGAAGACUGCAGGUCUUACUGUGGCUACUAGUUUACAUUUUGAUGCUUUAUAAUGCUCAGGGAUGGGGAGCUGUAUUAGUAAUUAUUUGCAAACACUGCCUCUGAGGAUUGUGUAAUUCUUUUUUUUUUUUUUUAAGGAGAUGUAAAUUUCCUGUCUUCCUUUGGUUUAUACACGUGCCACAACAGGUGAAAGGGAACUUUCCUAUAUGAUGAUUGUUGUAUAGACUUUCUGGCCUGUACAAGCAUAUUCCAUACAGGGAGGUCUAGGUCAGAAACUUUUUGUUAGGAAUAUGUCUUGUUAUCCGGGCAUAGCAAUAACAUUCACCUUCCUCUGCUGUGCACAAUUGAAAGAUCAGUAAAGUGCUUCUGUCCUGUACUUUUUCUUAGAUUGUAAGAAAUGUGUUCUACCAUGAUGUUUUCUCUUCAGUACAAAAAUGUAUGGAUUACAUUACAUGAGCCAAUAAUGCACUUUUUUAUUUUUCUGAAAUGUAUGUAUAAAUUUCACUUUAAUUACGGUAAGAUCUUCCAGAAAUUAGUUGGAUUAAGCAACAGGAAGGAUGGUAGGAUGUUGUGUCUGUAACAGUCGAGCAUUGCUGUAAAAAGGUAUGCCAUGAUUAUUACUUAUGAGGUGCCAGCUGUAAAUUAUCAUUGUGAGCUGAACAUUACUGAGUCUUCAGUUCAUUUUUCUGAAAUGGGUAAGUCUGAGUAAGUCAGAGGAGGUUUGGUUCCAUCUCUUGUUAGCAUUUAAAAGCAGUCAAAAGCUAAGUUUAGGCCUUUAAAUCAGAACUGUUACCAUCUUUAGGGUUUGGUUUGCUGGAUGGUUUUAUUCAGGUAAUUUUGUUAUGUAUUCUAAGGAGUCUGGUCACAAAGCAAUAAGACGAGUUGUGUACAGACAUUUAAAAUUCGAGACAGCAGUUUUGUUGAACAGGUACAUAUCAGAACUGUAAAUUUCAGCAUAUAGAUUUGAAAAUGGAAGUUCAUUCAACAGUUAUUGAAACACAAACAUUUUGUUAUUUGAGAUCUGGAUCAGGGAACUUUGAAGGUAGGCAGGCGCAUCUGUCAUGCAGAUAACCUCUAUAUCCAAAGUGAAGUAUCUGCAAUUCAUUCUUGUGCACUGGCCAGUAUUGUAUUUUUUGGGACUGAAUACUGCAUUUUACAUGCAGCACACCAGUUUGCUGUAGGCUCUCUGCCGUGCAGAUGAACACACUUGACCACCCAUAAUGUAAAUUCACUUCAUGAAUGGAUGCAUGCCCAUCAUGAGCUGAUAUGCAUGCUUUGUGGUUUAGAUUAUGCACAUAGGUCAUGUCCCUGUCUACCUCAGGCUGCAUACCAUUGUUAGGGUGGAACACAGCAUCAGGCUGGAUGUGGAAAGGGUUACCAGGACACCAUGAGUUAAUAAGACAGGGGCUGAUUAUUUUGGUUGGAGGAAUGCAGCACUGAAUAGUCAGGACUUAUUCAAGUAAAUAGGGACUGGAAGGUGAAGCAGGAUUGCACUGUCUAGCAUCAGAAAUUAAGAAAAUUAGAUUGAGACUAAGGAGUUUGGUGGAGGAGAUAUCAGAUGACCAAAGAUCACUAUCAUUAUGUAAUAAGAUUCCAGGAGUUGUACUAUAAGAGGGGAACAGAUACUACAGGUAAAGAUGGAGUAUACUAGACGACCAGGCAGUGAUGAAAAAGAUAAAUUAAUUUGGAAAAUAUAGAGGCAACACUAAUCUGGCAAGCAAAAGUAUCAAAACAAACACAGGUCAGAAAGUGUCUUGAGGGCAGUACAGAUUGCUGUGGUUGAACAGUGGCAUUCCUUUGUGGCAGUUUAGGGUGGCUUCAAAUGCAUCUGUGAUGCAGCACGGUCUUGUAGCAUAUUUAUAGGGGGGAGGAUGGCCUAAUAGUUAAGGUGUUUGCCUUACAAACACAAGGUGCAGGGUUUGAGUCUCACAAGGGAUAAUUGGCUAUGCUUAAAAUGGCUUGCAAGGGCAGUUAACUUAGUACUAAUCUAUGAAUCUGUGAAUUAUGCGUUUCUUGUUCCUUAGCUUGUCUACCUCAGGGUAAUUUAGUGACCUGGGAUUAGCUUCUGUGUGUAUGUCUAGUAGUCUGUUGGUAUGUAAAUAUGUCAGUUUAUUUCAAAGUGCUGCCCAUUGUUAUGCAGUAGACAUAGUGGUGUGAUAUGUAUAAAUGUUCGUGAAUUUUUAGUACUGUGGCAGGAAUAGACACUCAUUCCUAAGUCAGGGCAUAGUUAAAGUUCAUUAAAUCAGUAUUGCUUCAGUCUUUGGCGUUUUCCAGGAGUGCUUUUAGGAGCAGCCUCAGUGUACCCAUAAUUGCCGCCUCCUGUGUUCAUAAAGGGUUGCCUGCAUUGCUAGCAUAUUUAAAUUUGCUUGCAAAUUCAUUGCAGUGACUCAUCUUAAGAGGUCUUUAGGGUGUAAGGCAGCUAGUACAGUAAAUGUAUGAGAUGUGUAGGGGUGUGAGCCAGCUAAUACAGUAAAUGUCAUCUGAGAUGUAUAGGUGUGUGAGACAGCUAAUACAGUAAAUGUCUGAGAUAUACAGGGGUUUGAGCCCCAAUACAGUAAAUGUAAUUUGAGAUGUGUAAGGGUGUGAGCCAGCUAAUGUAGAAAAUGUCAUCUGAGA